AUGGCCGACGACACAGACAACCCACCAAACAUCCAAAUACCAGCAAAGGCAUAUGGCUUUCCGCCAGAAGCCUUCGACCCUAGGCGGCUUCCCGACUACGAUACCAAUUUCCUACCCGCUCAUGACCUCGAGGCUUUCAUCCAAGCCCUCGCGGCGCCCGACUUCGUCCAAUCACCAGACGAUUCAUCGUCUAUGCGCCUGAACAGCCCAGGACUUCACAGCGCCAGCAGUCUAGACAUCACCAAGGAUGACUACGAUCAUUCUGAAGCGCGCGCAGCCGUCGCCUCCGUUGCCGAUGUAGCUGCUCCUGGCACGCCGCAGCCCAACCCAACAUCUACCUCUGCUGCUCCUAACGGAGGCAAUAACCACCAUCGCCGCACCAGCACCGGUACCUUCUUCAGCGCGCACAACGACUGGGCGCCUGUGAGUGAAAAGGUCAUUAAGGCCGACAGAGACGAGAAGCGCAACAAGCGCGGCAAGGAUCGCAAAAAGAAAAAGCUGCCCAAGGGUGUAGCCCCUCUGCGCGCUCUGGUGGGCACUCGGUCCAAGGAUGAAACUCGCGAGGGCUACCUGUACAGCCUGCUCAAGUGGCCCUUCUUACUAAUUGUUAGUAUCUGGAUUACGGGGCUGGGCAUUGCCUACCUCGCCACCCGCUUUUACAUCUACUUCUACGAGCAGUUCGUCACAUGGCGUGGAAGGCGGGAGCAGCUGCGGCGGGCGAUGCGAGCGACGGGUAACUACAAAGACUGGGUGACGGCGGCGCGGAACAUGGAUGACUUCUUUGGGAACCAGCGGUGGAAGGAGGAGAACGAUUUUGCCUACUACGACAGCAAGACUGUGAGGAGGGUGUGGGAUCAGAUGAGGAGGUGCAGGGAGAAGGCAGAGGCGGUGGAGAGGGAGCUGGAGCGCGAGAGCCAGAACAGCGAUAGUGGCGUUGGAUCUGGUGACGAGACCAGCAACACCAAGACGGGCAGCAAAGACGGCAAUAAGAAGCAAAAGCAGCCGGUUGAGGAUCUGAAGGCGCUCAUUGAGGCCUGUGUCAAGAAUAACUUUGUGGGCAUCGAGAACCCGCGGCUAUAUAGUCAGACGUACUAUGGAACCAAGAACUUGGUGCAGAACUACGUCGAUGAAGUGGAACGAAGCAUCAAGUUCUUGAUUGACACUAAGCAGUUGACCAAGGAGCAAAAGAGGGUCAUGUUCAAGGGUAUCUGUGCCAACUACGGCCGAACAGCUCUCUGCCUCUCCGGCGGCGCAACCUUUGCCUACUACCACUUCGGUGUCGUCAAGGCCCUGCUCGAAGUGGACUAUCUCCCCGACAUCAUCACCGGAACCAGCGGCGGUGCCCUCGUGGCCGCCCUCGUAGCAACCCGCACCAACGACGAACUCAAGGAACUCCUCAACCCGGCCCUCGCCCACAAAAUCACCGCCUGCCGCGAGCCCUUCACCGUCUGGUUCUGGCGCUGGUGGAAGACGGGCGCGCGCUUCGACUCGGUCGACUGGGCCAAGCAAUGCGCCUGGUGGUGCCACGGCAGCCUGACCUUCCGCGAAGCCUACGAGCGCACCGGCCGCAUCCUCAAUGUCUCUUGCGUGCCCUCGGACCCUCACUCCCCCACCAUCCUCUGCAACUACCUCACCUCGCCCGACUGCGUCGUCUGGUCGGCUGUCCUCGCCUCCGCCGCCGUCCCGGGAAUCCUCAACCCCGUAGUCCUGAUGAUGAAAAACCGCGAUGGGUCCCUCGAACCCUACUCCUUCGGGCACAAGUGGAAGGACGGUUCCUUGCGGACCGACAUCCCCAUCAAGGCUUUGAACCUGCACUUCAACGUCAACUUCUCCAUCGUCUCGCAAGUAAACCCGCACAUCAACCUCUUCUUCUUCUCCUCCCGGGGCUCCGUCGGCGAGCCGGUAACCCACCGCAAGGGCCGCGGCUGGCGCGGCGGCUACCUCGGCUCCGCUACCGAGCAGUACAUCAAGCUCGACCUAACAAAAUGGCUGCGCGUGCUACGCCAGUUGGAACUCCUCCCGCGCCCGCUGGGUCAGGACUGGAGCCAGCUGUGGCUGCAGACGUUCGGCGGCACCGUGACCAUUUGGCCCAAGAGCAUCCCCAGCGAUUUCUUGAAGAUCCUCAGCGAUCCUGAUCCGCCCAGGCUGGCGAGGAUGAUCCACGAGGGCCAGCAGAGCGCGUUUCCCAAGGCAACACUGUAUUUCGACCAUCCUCGCGCCGCUCAGCUCUUGAGCUAG